AUGGGUGUCCAGGUUCCUGAACUGCAAUACACCUCCCUCGAGGAGAUCCCCGAGCGCAUCUCCACUGCGCGCAAGGCGUUCCUGGAGCACCGCACGCGCGAUGUCGAGUUCCGCCUCGUGCAGCUUCGAAAAUUCUACUGGGCCAUCAAGGAUCAUGAGGAAGAGAUCGCCGAAGCUUGCGCUUUGGAUCUGAAUAAGCCGCGCUUCGAGGUCGAGGUCGCCGAGAGCGGUUGGCUGCUCAACGAUGUCGUUUUCACCACUCGCAACCUCCACAAAUGGGUCAAGGAUGAGAAGGCGGAGGAUAUGGAUUUGGCCUUCAAGUUUAUGAACCCUACGAUCAGAAAAGACCCCUUGGGUUGUGUGUUGGUCAUCGGUGCUUUCAACUUCCCCUUCCAGUUAACCCUGGGUCCUGUUGUGGGCGCCAUUGCCGCUGGUAAUACUGUCGUCAUCAAGCCGUCUGAAAAUGCUCCCCGCAGCGCUGCCGUGAUGCAGAAGAUCUGUGAGGCUAGUCUCGAUCCCUCGUGCUACCACGUCAUUCAGGGAGGUGUUGCUGAGACGCAGGCCCUGCUUGCUGAACGAUGGGACAAGAUCUUCUUCACUGGUGGUGCCAACGUGGGCCGAAUUAUCGCCAAGGCCGCAGCGCCCCAUUUGACCCCAGUCGUGCUCGAGCUGGGUGGUAUCAACCCGGCCAUUGUCACCAAAAAUGCUGACCCUAGACUGGUCGCCCGCCGUAUGCUCUGGGCCAAACUCCUGAAUGCUGGUCAGCUCUGCACUUCGCAGAACUACCUGCUCGUUGACAAGCCGCUUGUGACCGAUGUUGUGGAGGAGUUCAAGAAGGCCUACAAGGAGUUCUAUCCCCAAGGCGCCAAGGUUUCGCCUGACUACUCGCGCAUCGUCAAUGCGACUCACUUCCAACGCCUCAAGUCUAUGCUCGAUAAUACGAAAGGCAAGAUCAUGAUGGGUGGCACCAUGGAUGAGAAGGAGCUCUUCAUUGAGCCUACUGUUGUCCUGGUGGACUCUGUUGAUGACUCCAUGUGCACCCAGGAGAGUUUCGGUCCCUUCAUUCCAAUUCUGCCCGUCGAGAACCUUGAUGAGGCCAUCAGCCUGGCCAACGGCGUUCAGGCCACCCCGCUGGGUCUCUACCCAUUCGGCAACAAGGCCGAUGUUGCGAAGAUUAUCUCUAGCACCCGCUCCGGUGGUGUUGCCUGUAAUGAUGCCGCCCUUCACAUCCCAACUCUGCCCUUUGGUGGUGUCGGCGAGAGUGGCUACGGCGCCUACCGUGGCCGCUCCAGCUUCGACGUCUGGGUACACCGUCGCCCUAUCACCACCAGCCCUGGCUGGUUGGAGUCUAUCCUGUCUAUCCGUUACCCGCCUUACGCCGGCAAGCUGGCUACGUGGAAGGCUGCCACCGCGCUGGCCCCUGACUUUGACCGUAGUGGUAACCAGGUCACCUUCGGCUGGUUGCGAUACAUGUUGACUCUGGGUGGAGGAAGUGCUAAGGCCGGCGUUGGCCGUGCUUCCGUCGUUGCUGCCAGUGAGUACCAGCCUCUCCCUUGA